CGUCAACCUCACGUCACCAUGGAGAAGUCUUUGGCAGAGUUAAACAAAACAGGCUCUCGGUCCACAACAUCACUUCCACCUGAACCGGUGGACAUUAUUCGCAGCAAGGCAUGCUUCCGCCGAGUCAGGCUGAAUGUUGGGGGGCUCCCACAUGAAGUCCUGUGGCGAACGUUGGAUAGGUUACCCCGAACACGUUUGGGAAAGUUAAGAGAUUGCAACACCCAUGAUUCUCUGAUGGAGGUGUGUGAUGACUACAACUUAGAUGAGAAUGAAUACUUUUUUGAUCGACAUCCGGGGGCGUUCACUUCAAUUCUGAACUUUUACCGCACGGGUAAGUUGCAUAUGAUGGAGGAGAUGUGUGCGCUGUCAUUCAGCCAAGAACUGGACUAUUGGGGCAUUGAUGAGAUCUACCUGGAGUCAUGUUGCCAGGCGCGGUACCACCAGAAAAAAGAGCAAAUGAAUGAGGAGCUCAAACGAGAAGCGGACAAUUUGAAAGACAGAGAGGGCGAAGAAUUUGACAACACUUGCUGUGCUGAAAAACGAAAGAAACUUUGGGACCUACUCGAAAAGCCUAGCUCGUCUGUUGCAGCAAAGAUCCUGGCCAUCAUCUCCAUCCUCUUCAUUGUGCUAUCCACCAUUGCCUUGUCCCUCAACACCCUUCCAGAGCUGCAGGACACAGAUGAGUUUGGCCAGUCCUCAGAUAACCCACAACUAGCACAUGUGGAGGCUGUGUGUAUUGCCUGGUUUACCAUGGAAUAUCUACUCCGCUUCCUCUCCUCACCCAACAAGUGGAAGUUCUUUAAGGGUCCUCUGAACGUCAUUGACCUACUGGCCAUCCUGCCAUACUACGUCACCAUCUUCCUGACUGAAUCCAACAAGAGUGUGCUGCAGUUCCAGAAUGUCCGCCGGGUGGUUCAGAUCUUCCGGAUCAUGCGUAUCUUGCGUAUUCUAAAGCUUGCUCGUCACUCCACAGGUCUCCAGUCUCUGGGCUUCACCCUGAGGAGAAGCUACAAUGAACUGGGCCUGUUGAUCCUCUUCCUGGCCAUGGGCAUCAUGAUCUUCUCCAGUCUAGUGUUUUUUGCUGAGAAGGACGAGGAUGACACCAAGUUCAAAAGCAUUCCAGCUUCCUUCUGGUGGGCUACUAUUACCAUGACCACAGUAGGCUAUGGAGACAUUUACCCCAAAACUCUCCUGGGAAAGAUAGUAGGGGGUUUAUGCUGCAUAGCUGGAGUGCUAGUGAUAGCCCUGCCUAUUCCCAUUAUUGUAAAUAACUUCUCUGAAUUUUAUAAAGAGCAGAAGAGACAGGAAAAGGCUGUCAAGAGAAGGGAGGCCCUGGAGAGGGCUAAGAGAAAUGGUAGCAUUGUCUCUAUGAAUAUGAAAGAGGCAUUUGCCCGCAGCGCAGAGCUGAUGGAUGUGGUAGUGGAGAAGAGUGAGAGGCCUCAUGAUAACCACCUCUCCCCAAGUCGCUGGAAAUGGACCCCUAAGAGAGUUGCAUCAGAGACCAGCUCAAACCGUUCUUUCAAUGCACAGGAGUUAGGCUCUCCCAACAAAGCCCGAGCCACCAGCCCCCAGAGGCUCAACGCCCAGAAGCUAGAGGAGAUGUAUAAUCAGAUGGCCAAGACACAAUCCCAACCCAACCUCAAUGCUAAAGACAGAGGUUCCAGAGUUGGCAAACAGAGGGAUGAAAUAGAGCUGGGGACCAUCCCAGAUCAGGGUCCACCAAUGCUAGGAACUCGAGAGGGAGUAGGAGACAUGAAAAGCUUGUCCAGCAUUGACAGCUACAUCAGCUGUGCUACAGACUUCCAGGAGAAUCCACGCUUCCCCCAUAGUCCUGCAGCAGGUCUCGGUUUUCAGGAGAUCGGCCGGUUCUCCCACAGUCCUGCUGCAGGUCUGUCUGGGCGGGCUAGUGCCAAAAUAGGCCUGCAGACCUCCUUUGAACGGGAGCCCAUGCUCACUCCUUUGUCUGUAAUGAAACCCUCAUGUUCAGAGAAUGCACGAAAAUUCCUUUUCUCUGGUAUCUCCUCAAAAAGUUUCAACCCCAAGGGAGGAUGCCAUAGUGAGGGGGAGUCAGGGCCGUCCCCUCACUCGGACAGUUCAGUCCUGUCAGACCAUUCCAUAUUAAGUCCUGAGGUUUCCAUCUACACCACUGCCAGCAGCAGGACCCCACCCAAAUCCCCAGAAAGCACUACCCUCACCCCAGCUGUCUUCACCUUCCACGACUCCUCCAUCAGCAAGUAUAUUGAUGCCGAUACAGAUGAUGACGAGCACCUUCGUGAUGUUUCUGAUGCCAGUCCCUCGGAGUGUCUAUUGGCUGGAUCAAGCCCCAAAGGCCGCAUCAAUAUAAAUUACCAGAGGGGAACCAACCAUUUAGAGACAGCCCAGAAAAAGCUGGGUCAAAACUGCUUGUUUCCCCUUGAGGGGAUUCGUGGGGGUGCUCAUGAGAACCAUGUAGGGCCUGAGAUGGCCCGCAGACCAAAAGUGGAGAGGGGACAUCCAAACACCUUGAAUGAAAGCCUCUGAGAUGCAUGCAGGGCAGAGCAAGCACACCAAACAGGAAGCUGGAGCAGGGUUGAUCCUGACAGGGACACCAGAGACACAUAUAACUCUCUAUGAGACAAAGACACAGAGGGAAUGGGAAAGACAAAUGGUCACACCUUGCUGAGAUGUUUCACAGACUUGCUGAGCGUGCCAUUGUGCAGGAAGCUCAGGGUGAAUGUGUGUGGUGAAUACUCUGGGAGAAAAACCUUUCUAACUUGGAGAAUGUCACUGCCCCUUCUUUCCACACAUUCCCGUUACUCCACACCCACAACAGAAAUGAGCACUCCCAGGUAUCCUGCUGGUCUAUGCAGCGAUCCCACAGGGAGCGGCGAAAGCAGAGUUGUCAGAGAGAAUGAGAUGUAG